AUGUCAGCUUCCAAUGUGUCUCAGACAUGCAAGGAUUACAAGUUCAACCACCACCUGCUCCUGCCUGGCUACAUCCUGAUAUUCGUCGCAGGUCUGCUGCUGAACGUGAUGGCGCUGUGGAUAUUCAUCCGCUACCUGCGCCUGAAGUCGGUGGUGAUGAUCUACAUGUUCAACCUGGCUGUGAGCGACCUCACCUUCACGCUCCCCCUGCCGCUGCGACUCUACUACUACUCCAACCACCGCUGGCCCUUCGGUAACACCCUGUGCCAGGUCUCUGGCUCAGUCUUCCAGAUCAACAUGUAUGGUAGCUGCCUGUUCCUCAUGUGCAUCAACCUGGACCGCUACGUCGCCAUCGUCCAUCCGCUUCGCUGGCGGCACCUGCGGCGCCCCAAGGUGGCCAGGAGCCUUUGCCUGAUCGUCUGGGUUGUGAUCUUCAUGGGUUCCAUCCCCACAGCCAUAGUCCACAAGCAAAACCACUGUGAAGUACAGAACCAGACCGUUUAUCUGUGCUUUGAAAGUUUUAGUGACAACAUCUGGCAAAAUAACCUCUUCCCUCUAGUCGUCCUAGCUGAAAUCUUGGGUUUUCUCCUGCCUCUCAGCUCUGUGACAUACUGCUCAGUUCGGAUUUUUCAGGAGCUCCGCCAGGACAGCCAGAGAAAGACCCUGCGACAGCAGAAGACCGUCCGUCUCCUCUUGGUCAAUCUGGUCAUCUUCAUCAUCUGCUUUGUGCCCUACAACACUACCCUGGCGUUUUAUGGGAUGAUAAAGGCCCACGUGAUGAAGGUUGAACAAGAAACACAGGCCUCCGUGCGCCAGGCGUUAAUUAUGACAAUGUUGUUGGCCAGCAUGAACUGCACACUGGACCCCUUGAUCUACUACUUUAGUACUGAGGGUUUCCGGAACACCUUCAAGAAACUGCGGCGGGGUCAAGGCUGGGACUCGGAUAUCGGGACACUUAAGAAUCAGGUUGUGGAGAACAAGCCAACCCGAGACCUUGCUGUCUCAAAACUGAAACGGUUCCCAGCCAAAAACUUUGUCCACCCCGAUGAAUCUUUGCCAUCACUUCCAACUGCAGUGUUUUUGAAUGGCCCUGUUGAGGGUUCAGAAAUAUAA